GCCUACCCAGCUAUGCAGCCUUAACAGUGAAGGCGCCAUGUCGAAGCCCCUCGCGCUUCCAGUGGUGCCGAUCGUGCUGCACCCUACACGUUCGAGUGUGGUGUGGGCUGUUGGAAGCCGGAUUUUCGCCUAUGACCUCCAGCUGAAAGCCUUCGAAGCGAAAGCUGCAGACCUUGAAACCCUGGGGCCUGUAAGAGCGCUGGACGUGUGGCAGGGCGAGGGGAAACUGCUGUGGCUGGCGGCAGGUGAUGACAAGACAGUGACCACCUGGCUGGACGAUGGGAACCAUGGGAGCAGUUGGCAGAUCCACGAGACACUGAGCCACCAGAAGAAGUUGACCCGCGCCAUCUUCGACCGCAAGGGUCGCAUCAUUUUGGCCGACCGCUUUGGCGACGUGUGUCGUUGGACGCCCUCCAGCGACCAAGAGCCAGAGAUGCUGUCUAGCCACUUUGCCAUCGCGACGGGGAUCCCCUGGGACCUUGUGCAGAUGGCUGCAUCGUCGAUGGGUGCUCUGGGACCUUCUGAGACGGUCGCGGAGAUCCGGAGCUUUUGCUUGGGGCACUUGAUGCAAAUCACCGCUGUCUCGGUGACGGAGACGGAGAGCAUCCUAUCGGCUUCGGCGGAUGGCACGCUGCGGCUUUGGAGCCUGGAGGGUGACCAGCAGCAGAGUUGGACCAUGGGUGCUCCAAUCAGCAGCUUGUGCUACCGCAAAGGGAUUGCAGUCCUGGGGUCAGAGGCGCCGCAGGCGCAACUCCUGCGACUUCCCUUGGACAACGCCCAGGCAUGUGUCCAUCAUGUGUCCUUGCCCUUCACGGGGCAGUAUGGAAGUGCCCUUCAAGCAGGAUAUGGCUUUUACCGCCUCAAGUGGCUCGAGAAAGGGGAGUUGGACGAGCCAGAGAUGCUAGAGGUAGACUCCGACAGCGAGGAAGGCCUACAGCAAGAGACUCACAUGCUCAAGAAGGAAUUGAAGAAGGUCAAGGCACAGUUCCGGGAGUUCACGGAAUACAGCACCCAGCUCGAAGUCCGCAACUCGCAGAUGCUGGAAGCCAUGCAGGCGCAGAUGACACAGCUGAUUGGGGCAGUCAGCGGAAAUGUCCUCACUGGCAGCUUCCCGAAUACUUCGCCCAAGCAGGAAGUGAAGCCCCCAUUGACCAUAGGGGCGCAGAUCAAGAAGGAGCGCGAAGAGCUUACAGACGAGAAAAGAGGACGUUCAAGGACUCCGCCAAAAGACAAAAGUAUGACAAAGGCGGAGAUGCAAUAUCGCAUCGAAGACUUGCAGCAGGAGAUCCAGAAAUAUCCGGCUGCAUGCCAGCAGAAGAUCAUGCAAGUGAUCCAAGAAAGACCACAGGAAUUUGCUACAUGGCAAGCAGUCAUCGACUUGUCCAAGCAAGUUAUCGAUGCGAUGAUGACGGAAGAGCCAACAGAUGGUCUAGGGAAAGAAGAAGAAGGGACUAUGGAUGCUGCAGCGAAAGAACAGGGUGGGCCCCCUCUUCAGUUAGAGCAUCCUUGUCAGCCUUUUCGCAGAUUUGCUGCAAAGUCGAAAUCGGAGCCUUAUGCCACUCCCAAGAACGACAGGGAGCAGGCGAAUCGCACACCGGAUGGUGGCAGGUGUCGCUCAAUCGACCUGUUCGACAGCAGAUUCUUGCCCAAUGGAGAGAUCACCAGGUCAGAGCACAAGCUGAACUGGUACCUGUACGAACCCGAGAGUCGUCGCUAUGGCUGGGAACAGCAAAUACCGGUCUCCUCUGGUAUGACGCUGACAUUUGUGGAGAGAGAUUUCCCGCAAGGGAUCUACCAGCCUCAGCAACAGCUGGAUGUGAAUGGGACCAGUGUAGGAGAACACUGCAACCUCUGUCAAUGCACCUAUACGACGAGACAGAUGGAGGAGGACAAGACCUGGAGGCUGGCUGCACAGCUGAAGACGCCCAAAUCCAAAGUGCUGGGAAACGAAUUAGCUGAUGCCAUGGCAAAAGAGGCUUUUGAGACACAGGAGUUUGCUGAUGCGCUGAAAGCACUGGGUGUCAGAAAUUCCAAGAAACCAGGCUUUGCUCAGCUCGACCUGCAAGUCGGGGGAGUGCCGGGCCAGGGCCUGACACAGCCGGUCCAGUCGCUGCGACUAAUGCAGAUGCAGGCGAUCCGAGCUGGUCGUUCGUAUGCAAUUCUCUUCGUAGACGUGGCGAAUGCAUUCUACCGGCCGGGUGACACAUUUGCUGACCUUUGCUUCAGCUUUGCAUUGAUUAAGAUCGUGCAAGUUGCUGUUGAUCGCAUCGUCGAACGCUACCCGGCUCUACGGAUCAGUUGGAACGGGCUGGAUAGCCCGAUACCGGGAGGCAUACAAUACCACAAGCUUGAUGCCCUGAUGCCAAUAUGGGCUGAUGACCUGGCGCUAGCCUUUGAUGCGGAUUCAGCAGAGGAAUUAAUUGACAUGAGCCGCGAGGUAGUCAGCAUAAUUUUCCAUCGUCUUCGAGCGGCUGGACUACGACCAAACUUGCAGACAGGGAAAAGUGAGCUGCUGAUCGACGUUCGUGGUGCGGGAGCUUUAGAAAUACGCCGGGAAAUGCUGCGACAGAAUUAUAGCUUGCAGAUUACUGGCGGCGAGGCUCCUGAGACAAUUCAGAUGGUGGGCUCCUAUAAGCACUUGGGGACAUGGAUACAAGCUGGAGGAGGGGUUGCCAAAGAUGUAGGAGUCAAGUUUGGAAUUGCACAUGACACUAUGACAAAAUACAAAUCGCAAAUUUUUGCGAACCGUGCUAUGGCCCUAUGUCGAAAGAGACAGUUCUUCGACAGCUUGAUCAUGAGUGCUCUGCUCUACAACACGGCUGUCUGGGUGCCCCGUAAUAAGCGCCAGACCAUGCAAAUUGAAGCAGGGUUUACCAAGCUUUACAAGCGAUUGGCCCUUUACCAUUGGGGAAAACAAGCCUUGACAUGGAGUAGCCACUGGACACUCUACAAGAUGCGGCUCCCGAGUUCUACGACUGUCCUGACAGUAGCGAGACUCCGCUAUUUAGGGCAACUUGUCCGGACAGGGCAACCGAUCCUAUGGGCUCUUCUGCAAAGAGAUGGCGAGUGGCACGAUCGAACCAACCAAGAUCUUGCAUAUCUCAUGGAGUAUUGCCCGGAGGCAGAUCUCCCACUGCCGAUACAGCAGCAUUGGGACGUGCUACAUGACUUGCUGGUCAAGAGCCCUGGAUAUUGGCGACGGUUGAUGAGGACUUUGGUGGCAAGAAGCCAGUUGAAGGAGACAGUCCCUGAUGAGGAGUUUGAAGCCUUCUUUCAGCGACAGGCCUGGCUCAUGACAGCGAUCAAGAUGCCCGGGCCAUCAGAGGGAGGGUGGAUAGGGAAAGACCAAGCAGGCAAAUGGAAGACCACUACGCUCAAGGAAUACCCGCCUGACUUGUGUAGAAUCCUGGCCUCCCUUAUGAGCGAGUCCCAGCCGCAUGCGGAGUUCCUAGAAGAGCAGCCAAAAUGGUUCAUGGAAGCGGUGGCCUUGCUGACUGCAAAGUACGACGCAAAUGCCACUAUGGGACCGGACUACUGUGCGGCGGCGGCUUUUGCACAUAAUUCGGAAUUAAAUCCCUGCAAAGUCACAGGAUGGCAGCCCUUGCCACGCCUGACGCACGUGGACCGGGAGAUCUUUCAUCACUUUGCCACCGCGCGGAGACCCUUCGUGUUGGAGCCUUCCGUGGUGGAGUCCUUUGGUUGGCCCCUGGACCGUUGGAGCCAGCUCCGCUAUUUCGAGCAACAUCCCCAGGUCCAAGCCAUGGAGCAGCUCUUCAACAGCUCCGAGGGCUUCCGGCCCAUCGCCGUGCGCUGCUCGCCGCGCGCAGGCGAUGACCACAGCGGCCUUUCGUGCCCGAUGACGCCAUUGGAGGCGCUGCAAACCUUGCGGAGGCGCGAGGAGCUGGGGCCUUUGUCCGAUGAUGGUUUGGCCUUGUACGUGGGCGCAUGGGAGUAUGAUGCGGACGACUGCGGGCUGCCGGCCCAGGAGGGGCUCACGGCUGAGCUACAGGAGGUGCCCUUUGCUGACUGCGUCCUGAAAAGCCAAUUGGGAUCGGAGCAUGAGCUGUGCCGCAGCCUCCGUUGGAUCUACAUCGGUGAGCCAGGCUCGGGCACCUGUGCCCACCUCGAUCCGAUUGGCAGCCACGGCUGGAUGUGGCUGACCAAGGGUCAAAAACUUUGGCGCCUGCUGCGCUGGCAGGCCGAGACCCCGCACGGAUGCGAAGCGGUGCCCGCUGGAGUGCCGGAGGACCUGUUCUCCACCACCGGCUGCGAGCGACUGGCUGGAUGGCUUUCCGGUGCGACUCACGAGGCUUGGGGUGGAUUGCUUUCUGCGGGCGAGCUGAUCUUCAUUCCCGCAGGUACCCUGCAUGCAGUGAAGAAUGUGGCGCAGGAGGUGAGCAUCGCUGUGUCCCACAACUUUAUGGACGACACAUGCAUGGAGUCCGUGCUGCAUUGCCUAAGACAGGCGCUGCAGAUGUGGGCGGACGAGCUCGAAUCCAGGUGUGAAACUCACGCGACGUGCGUUGCGCGCGAAACGGCCGCGGAGACGAGACGACGGGAGCGGCCGAGGCGGAGCCCCACGGAGCCAACCGGCUUCGUGAAGUCCGUGGGACGCCUCGAGGAGCAUGAGGUCCUCAUGCAGGAGUUUGUGCAUGCGCAUCUCAUGACGAUCUUGCAGCCUUUCAGCGAGCAGCUGCAAACCCUUCAAGAGGAGCUACAGCAGCUCGCUGUGCAGAUUCCUCCGGUGGCCCAAGAGGUGGUUCAGAACCGUGAGAAGAUUGCGCAGUUGGCCACCACCGUGCCGCCAUUGGAACAGGCGGAUGUGGCUCUCGCACAGAAGAUCGAAGAAGUGCGUUUGGAGGUGAGGGCAAUCGUCCCAAAGCACGAGAAGUUAGCCGCAGAUCAUGAGGAGCUCAAAGGCCAUUUGAUGGAAGCGGAUGGUCGUUUGCUGCGCACCUCCGAGCAGAUCGAGGCAUUGAUGGGCGGUCAGGACGGCGUGAUGGCACAGCUCCAACGCCUCCACGAGGGCCUGUCAGAGGUGGAGAAGCAUGUGAGCACCGUGGUGGAGAGUAGGCUCAACUACUUGCACACCUUUUGCAAGGACCUGCGCGGCGAGCAAACCACUCAAUUGGAGACGAUCAGCCAAUUGGAUGAGAACUGCUGUAAGAACGGCGACGCGAUCAAGCAAGUCCGGAUGAGAGUCUCCGCUCGGCAGGCAGAGGAUGACGAGAAGUUUGCUUGCCUCUCACAGCACGCCAAAGGCUUCGAGGCCAAGUUGAGCCAGUUCCUGCCGGAGGUGAAAACCAACGAGGAUGCCAUCAAGCAGCACGACAAGGAGCUGCAACGUUUGAUGGGCGACAUCCAAAAGCUUCGCUCCAUGCAACAGCUGUAUGCGGAGUAUUCGGAGAUUUUCAUCUCCGUGCGGGAGAACACCCGACGUGUCGCCAAGGUCGAGGACACCGUGCAGGUGCUGUCGGCGCGGAACCCUGUGGAGGUGCAUCACUUCCAGGAGACCAUCCAACGCCUGCAAAAUCAAAUGGACGAGAACGAGACUCGCCUACAGUCUGUGGAUCGGAGCCAGCUUGGCCUAUCGGGCCGCAUCGAACAAGUGGCUCGUAGCAUCGAACCUUUCGAGCCCGAGAUCAAAAGCCUGGAGCGCCGCUGUGGCAUGAUCGAUGCCGAAGUCCAGGGCCUCGCCUUAUGGCAGCAUGGAAGCACUGAGAAGUUUGAGGAACACUCGCUGAAGUUCCAACAGCAAAAAUCGGAUCUUCAAAAGUUGCAAGCAGAGAUUGAUGCUCGAGGCGGCUACCUGGAAGAAAUCCAAAGCGAGCUGGCCACACAGCAGCGCAAGAUCGUGCGCAUCGAUGGGAAUGUGGACGUGAUGCAGAAGUACUUCACCGGACUUGGUAAAGGCUUACAGGACACCACGCGCAGCGUUUCGGCGCGGGACAUGGCAACGCCACGGGCCACGCCUCCGCGUCCUCAGUCUGCGACGACCCCUGCGACAGGCCUGCCGACGCUCUGUGGCUCGGGAUCGCCGAGGCGCCGCCCCUGGAGUUCCAAGGAGGUUCGCACUCGCGGUGAUUUGGCGGAAUGCUGA